AUGGGGGCUUUAACCGUCAAUCGGAAUCGAGGUAACGAUUAUUUCAAAUCCCCAGCUCCAACUUCACCCUCAUUUGAUCUCUCGUACGCUCACGUUUCCAAAAAGCUCAAGCUCUCGAAUUCUAUGAUUGGAAAUACCGUUGAUUAUGGUAGACCCAUAUCCGCAAAAUCUGUGAAUUCGAGGAUUUCCGAGUAUCCGGAUUCGAAACCAAGGUUUAUGAGGGAAGUUCAUGCCCCAGUUAGGAGUCAUAGAUUUGGGGUUUCAGCGAGUAAGAAUAAAAUUGUUUCUAGUUUAAGUCUUGAAGAAAAUUCGGAGGUUAGAAUGGGGAGUAUGUAUGGAACUCUUAAAUAUAGGUUGGAGAAGGCGAAAAUUAGUGCAAUGAAAACUUUCAGGUAUGUGGGGAAAGAGAAUGAGUCCGUUGAGAAAGAGAAAGAAAAAGAAGUGAUUGAGAUUGAUGACAAGAAGGAAAGUCAAGAUGAUAUGUCGGAGGAUUUGAGCGUUCAGGAGGUGGAGGUAGUGGAUUCUCCGAGGAUCAAGUGGAAGGAGGGGAAUGGUGUUUUGGGAAAUUCUCGGGAACUUAAGGGGAAAAUGGUAGAAAGUAAUUUACAGUCAUUGGGUUCUUGUGUUGUCUCUGAUACAAGUGGUGUGAAUGUAAAGGUGGAUUCUACUGAAAAUAUGAUGGACUUGGUGCUGAUGAACCAGGAAGCAGAUCUGUCGGGGGUACCUGUUCACAGGAAGCUAUAUGAUUCUGCGAAGAAGAGGAAUGAUAAGUUGGAAAGUUUAAGUUUUGCCAUAGAGUUAGAGGAAAAGUCCUUUCAAAGGCUUCAAUUAUUUCGGCCUCAGAAGAAAGUGGAAGAAACUAACAAGGUGACUUUUUUUGAAAUCACAUCCUUGGGGAUGUGUUAUUCUUGUGCAAAUCCUCCGGACUAUACUCAUGUGUCCAAAGAAUGUUUUAUGCCUAUUACUAUGGAGGAAGAGGCUGAGGUUGCUAACGCUCUGUCUAAUUCCUGUAGGAGAAAGGUUUUGGUGAGUCAUAAGAAUUCUAAUAUCGAUAUCACUGGAGAAAUAUUGCAGUGUUUAAAACCAGGUGCAUGGUUGAAUGAUGAG